UUGUAUCGUACAGACUUCUGGAUCACUGGUCUUGAACACUACCAAUCUAGCCCUCAGCAGACUGCAAAUCUUCUGGUUCAUCCCUGGCUUCUGGGUUGGAAAUGACGGCUGGAAACCAAAAUUUUUUGAGAGAAGCGUCACAUCAAACAGUGGCCGGAGGAUCCGCGGGUCUUGUGGAAAUUUGCCUGAUGCAUCCCCUCGAUGUGGUGAAAACCAGGUUCCAGAUUCAGCGAGGAAAAGGGGAUGCCAACAGUUACAAGAGCCUUGGCCAUUGCUUUAAAACAAUUUUCCAGCAAGAAGGGAUUCUUGGAUUUUACAAAGGAAUCUUGCCUCCCAUCCUGGUUGAGACACCUAAAAGGGCUGUGAAGUUUUUGACUUUUGAGCAAUAUAAGAAGAUAUUAGGCUAUGCUUCACUGCCAACUGGUGUGAUUUUUACACUGGCUGGUCUUGGAUCUGGUCUCACAGAAGCAAUCGUUGUCAACCCUUUUGAAGUAGUCAAGGUUAGCCUACAAGCUCAACGGAAUUCUUUUUCACAGCCAUCCACAUUUGCUUACGCACGUGAAAUAAUCCAAACUCAGGGUUUUGGACUACGGGGCCUCAACAAGGGUCUGACAGCAACAUUAGGUCGGCAUGGUGUAUUUAACAUGAUCUAUUUUGGAUUUUACUUCAAUGUGAAGAAUAUUAUUCCAGCAAAUAAGGACCCAUCAAUUGAAUUCCUGAGAAAACUUGGGAUUGGAUUUUUAUCAGGAACGAUUGCUUCUUGUAUCAAUAUACCUUUCGAUGUAGCAAAGAGCAGGAUCCAGGGACCACAGCCCAAGCAAGGAGAAAUUAAGUACAGAACAUGUUUCAGCACUAUCAAAACCAUCCACAGGGAGGAAGGGUUUUUUGCAUUGUACAAAGGCUUGGUUCCUAAGGUCAUGCGGCUAGGGCCAGGAGGUGCAGUUAUGCUCUUGGUUUAUGAAUAUUCUUUUGCCUGGCUUCAGGAAAACUUCUGAUUCAAACAGAACAAAGAUAACUAAAACACUUGCAUUUUCUUUAGAAAAACAUCAUGUUACAUUGUCCUCAAUAAAUUUGUGUAAACAGGAAGAAUAUUAUUUUUCCAUAAGUUCAUUUAAGUCUGUAUUCAGAGCAAAGUGAUAUAAAUGUAAAGUAUUUUCUCCUGUCAAUAAAUUAA